GUCCCCCCACUCAGUGGGAAAUAUAGAGGAAGCAGGGUCUAUGUCGCUUGCUGAUUUAAAGUUUAAAUGGUCAAAUUUUGCCUUAAAUAUUCUGAAUAGAGUUGUAAAUUUGUUACCAUAUUGUGUUAAAAGUAGUUUAUAACAGGACUUGGAAAAAAAUUGGUGAUAAUAUCUGUUAAUUUGGCUGUAUUAGACGGAAAACUUAUUCCCUGACAUAGAGGAAUCAAUUUUGGCAGCCAUUUUUGUGGAUAGAGGGAGUUUCUUGGAGGAAUUUUAGCAUUUUGGUGGACAAUUUUAGAACAGAAACCCUAGAAAAGUUAUUUCCUGUUGAAAAUUGUGAUUUUGAAGCAAUAAUUUAAACAUAAUCAUCUGUGGACAAUACUUGAACUCUGGACCAUUGGUGGAAUAUACUUGAAGUAAAGAGAACAUCAAAAAGUUGUCAAUAUGCUUGAAUUCAUCUGGCCUACGUUCAUUUCCCAAGAGGCGAUGAUCUCAUACCCCUCUGAUUGGGUCGAGACGGUGGCAUACAACCCGAGUCUUCUGUAUAGCACCUUAAUCAUCGCGAUUUUACUCACAAAGGGCUAUGGGCGUAAUAUCGUCAUGGCGAUUGGGAAAAAGGUUCUCCAUGAACCUACUAGGAAGCUGUGGAGAGCCAUUCGAGCAAUUAAACCUCGACAGAUCGUCUAUUACGGCCUUAAGUGGGGUAUUCCCCUUUACCAACUGAAAGAUUUGUUGUUGCUUCAUCGAAACUUGCUGAAAAAGAGACCGGGGCGCCAACAACGUCGCUGCUCGCAGAAAAAUGCUAAGAAAUUGACACUUAAAACAAGAAGUUUAAAUUCUACAGUUGGACUGUACCGUGCCAUGCCAUUGAAGGCGAUGUCCCGUGUCUGGGGCAAGAUGACUUGUUGGGAUCUCCCUCUCUCCUUGAGGAAACCCCUGCUGGGCCUCUACUGCAGAACUUUCCAUGUGAACCUGGAUGAAGCCUUGGACGGGGACCUCCAAAAUUACCAAAACUUGAGCGAGUUGUUCAGAAGAGAAUUGAAGCCAGGCGUUCGGGUCGUUGACAAGGAGUCGCAAAUGACAAGCCCAGCCGACGGGCGAAUUCUGAAUUAUGGGAAGGUUCAAAACGGGGUUGUAGAACAAGUCAAGGGAGUCAACUACUCAAUUAAGGGAUUUCUUGGCCCAAUGCCAAGUGAGAAUGAGGAAAUCUCCACCAAGCCCCAAAGUGACACAGACUACCAUGACCGCCUAGGAAUCAAGCCCGGGCAUGAUCUGUAUCACUGUAUAAUAUACCUGGCCCCUGGCGACUACCAUCGGUUCCAUUCGCCGAGUGACUGGACUGUUACUCAGCGCAGGCAUUUUCCAGGAGAGCUGCUGAGUGUUAACCCGAGCGUAGCACGCUGGAUCCAGGGCCUGUUCAAUCUGAAUGAACGAGUCGUGUACUCGGGCUCGUGGAAACACGGCUUCUAUUCCUACACAGCUGUGGGGGCUACAAAUGUUGGCUCUAUCAAAGUUUACUUUGAUGAGGAUCUAUCAACCAAUGCUGGAAAACCCCACCCAAGCCACAUUUUCUACGACAAGACGUUUUCCGAUUCGGUACCCGUAUCCCAAGGCGAGAUGGUGGGAGAGUUUAACCUUGGAUCAACUAUCGUGCUAUUGUUCGAGGCGCCAUCAGACUUUAAAUUCAACCUUAACACUGGCCAAAAAGUUCAAUUUGGACAGUCUUUGGGUGGUUUCAAGUAAAAAAUAUGUACAAAUCAUUAUAACAUAAUUGAUACGCCAAUGAUUAGACAAAUAAUUGAUUAGUUACGCCAUCUGAGACUUUGAAGGAGCUUUAGCAUAAAAGUGUUGAAUCCUCAGCCCUCAAACUGCUGUGUUCUUAAAGAAUUCCAUUCACAGUGUGGACCAUUCAUCUGAAUUCCUGGAAGGUUCUUGUUUAUGUGUCAUAUUUAAUGGGUUAUACAUAUGUAUUAUGUACAUAGAAAUCAAGUUCUCAGAACUACAUGUAUUUUACAAUUACAGACUGUGCCUUGCUCAUAACAUGCCAUCUUAUAAACUAGAAUCAUGUCAAAAAUGAUAGAAAAUCAAUGCUUUUUCUUAAAUUUUUUAAAAACUUAAUGGCCGAGAUAAUAAAUUAUGUAAUAUUAAAGAUUUUUUGAAAUGGAACAUAAUUAUUGUACCAUGGGCCCUCUUUUGAGAUUGUAAAUUUCAAAAGCUAACUCCAUUUGGGACGUAAAGUGUGGUUCAAUAAAAAUAUCGCAAGGGCGUUUAUGGCUUAGAUUUUGAUCGCAACUUUAUAAGUAUCCUCAAGAACUCUGAGGCAGAGUAUGGUUUACGACCAAAACAUAGUAUUAAACCGAUCCCUGGUUUAUAAGAUGGGUCUGGCUAUUUUUGGUCAUUAUGUUAAAGAAGGGUCAUGCAUGUAUAUUGUUUUAAUAACAAGCUGCAGCCAAUGGCAUAAAAUUGGUUAAUUCUUUGGCUUAAGUUAGCAGAAUUGUUUAUUGAUUGGUCGAUAUUUAUCCAAUGAUGACUGUUGACCAAUCAAACUGCUCAUAUGUUCAAACUAACCAAAUGAUUACUUGAGUAUAAUUUGUCCAGUAUUAUUCAAUUGGCUAUUUAAUCUAAUUGGUUGUAAAAUUAUUUAUUAUCAAUAGGGUAUAAUCAUACAGCAUAUACACUGGGUUGAUUGUUCAGAACUUGACUGGCAUUGUUGUUAACUUUUUAAGUUGAAAUAUUUAAGGUCGUGCUAAUUUCUUAAUAAAACAAGCUUUGCUGAAACAUUUGUUGCCAAAUUUGUAAGAGCUCAAGAUCAAGUUGUGUCCAUGGUAAAGAUUUGAAAGUUAACAAUGAUAUGUUAACAAUGUUGUUAACUUUAAUAGAUUUCUGACUAAAGGCCCAUGUGUAUAAUCAUGCAAAAACUAGUGCCUUCCAUUGUGCGUAAUAAUUUUUCUGAAUAAAUGAAAAGGAGGUAACGUUGAGUUUAUCUAGAACCUUUUUCCUGUCAAAUUAAAACGAUAUUGUUUGUGUUAUAAAUGUUUAGGCUUAAAAAAAUAUGUUUGUUUCCCCGUUAUACGUCUAAAAAAUACAGCAUAGGUAGGUUGGAUUUCGAUUAAAAUAAAGCAUAAACACAUCCUUCCCAUGCAAGAAACAACUAAAAAAAUCCAAAGAGAAAAAAAAUAAAUAAAAAAUUAUCAUCCGGCAGAAAAAGGAGGGUUGUGCGAACAAAAUUAGUGUUGGUUGGGAAACCAGAAACAAGAAUUUAUUUUUUGGACGUUUUAUGGAAACUUACUGUGGGUUAUUUCAAGUAUGUGUAUGAUUUGUUUCCUAUGCAAUAGAAGUGCUUAGUUGUAUUUGAAAAAUACUAUUUAAAUUUUUUGUUGAUUAAACAUGCAUAUUUACUAUAGCUUUAAUAGAAGUGUGUUGUGUCUUUGUCAUCGGUGGUUAAGUGCUUUCUCAUUACUUCCUGUAUCAACAUCAGUAUCAACAUCAUGAAAUAAUUUAAAACUGCAUUGACAAUGAGGCCUUAAAAAAAUACAUUUGGUAUGGUAUACUCAACCCUGCUUGAAAUAGGUGCAGACCCUAUGUUUUUAUAGUCAUUUUGUUUAAAAAAAGUAAUCUUUUGUACAAAGAGUAAAAGGUUUUAAAUUACAUCUCAAUACACCAUCAUCAAUGAUGACAAUAACGUCUUACGUAAAGCCUGAAAAUUAAGCCUACCGGUAACCUGUUUUUAAAAAGGAUGUAACCCUAACCAAAACCAAUUUUUGUUUUGGCCUGUCAUUGUUUUUUUAGCCGUGGAGUGUAUUUAUACUAAGUUUUUGCUUAAUCAUUUUUCAUGUUUUUUUUAGUUCUCUUAAAAAGAGAUUUGUUUUGCUUCAAACAGAGAAAAAACCAUGUUGGGCCAUAAUACUUAUAAACUAUGUUAUUAUCUUACAUUAUUGCUUAAGUUACAUUGGAAAUGAGGGUGAGACUAUAGUUGCUAAUAGCAUUGCUUAAAGGAUAAUUGAAUGUACCAGUAUUUAUAUUGUAGAGUAUAUUUAUAUUGCGGAAAUACAUUUCAAAUUUAUAUUUGAAUUAAAAAAUGACACUAUAAUGCUUGUUUUAAACCAUUAUGUGUCUGAAAAUGUUAAGAUUUAAGCCAUUGGGAGUCUGAAAAUGUUAAGAUUUAAGCCAUUGGGAGUCUGAAAAUGUUAAGAUAUAAGCCAUUGGGAGUCUGAAAAUGUUAAGAUUUAAGCCAUUGGGAGCCUGAAAAUGUUAAGAUUUAAGCCAUUGGGAGCCUGAAAAUGUUUAGAUUUAAGCCAUUGGGAGUCUGAAAAUGUUAAGAUUUAAGCCAUUGGGAGUCUAAAAAUGUUAAGAUUAAACUUGUGCCUGGAUUAAAACCCUUUCUUUCAUAGCCAUUUUACUCAUCUUUUCAUAGCGUGAUGGUUACGCCUUUUUACUCUUAAGUUAUAAAACAAGGGGAUUAACUUGGAUCGGUUGAUGUAGCCUUUUCGCUAUGAAGGAACUGGUUCAAGUUAUGUUAUCUUUUAUUCAAAUAUAUUUGGUCAUUUUAGGAAUAGGGCAAAAUCUGCUUUGUAGGAAUAGAAAGGAGAGUGGAAAUUGUGCUUUUUAUUGUUUUGUUAUCAUAGAUUGUUAUGUUUUGUUAUAAAAAUAUAUUGUGUAUUUGAUUUUUGCAUACAAGUUGUGUAUGUGUUUAACAAUAAAUCAUAAUGCCAAAAUCAUGUACAUUUAUACAAACUUUCGUUAAGUUAAUGAACCUUCCGUAGUUAAGAAAGGGCAAAAAUUUUAACAUGUUUUCAGCAUUUUUUUACGCUUAAAGGCUGAUCAUAGCCAAUAAACUAAACAAUACAUUACCUUCAAGCUUAAAAAGAAAUAUUUUAUUUAAAAUCAUCACUUCGUAGGAUAGUUUCCUUUUCUGGAAAAUAGUCCAAUGGAAAAAGAUUUUCAAUAAAUUUACUAGAAAUGAAUAUAUACCUUGAAUAAUUGCUAAAUUAUUUGAAUGAUUAUAUGAAAGAGCAAUUCUUGUGUGUGUGAUCAGUUUUGAUUUUAAAAAUUGUACAUAACUAUAAUAAAGGCGGAAUUUAUGAUUAAAAGGUAUAAAUAAAAUGCUUUCUUCUGA